GGUCAUUUAUGUAGUAGAGUCACUGAUGGAGACAGAAGUGGAUGCUUUUGAAGGAAAGGCCACCUUUCUCAGCCAGGCAAAUCCUCUGUAUGACAACAACAUGAAGCUGUUUGAGGCCGACCACUACGACAUCCAGAACAAAGAGCUGAGGUCUGAGAAACCAGAACGCAAACAGUGCUGUAUUCCUGUUCUCAUUAUUGUCAUCCUCCUGCUGAUUGCACUUAAUUCUUUGCUGGCUUAUAAAGUUUUCACUCUGGAGGCUUGGGUUCACUCUCACUGUAUAUUGGAUGAUGAUGCCAGCACAGAUAAACAGAUAUCUACAAGUCAAGCGGUCAACCUAGGCAGCUCUAUCUCAAACCAGCACUCUGAGCAUGAGUGUCUUUCUCAUCUGUGUGGGGAGGAAGGAACUCUAGAGCAACUGAGGAUCCAAAUAAACCAGUUCAACUUAACUGCACAAAGAGCCAUGGUUUGUCUACCUGGUCCACCUGGCCCGCCAGGACAUUUUGGACCUCAAGGAUUACCAGGUCCUCCAGGUAUACCAGGGAUACCGGGGGGGAAAGGAGACACUGGGCCACUAGGUAAGGCAGGUGAGCUUGGACCUCCAGGUGAAAAAGGAGAGAAAGGCGACUCGGGUGUGGCAGGGGUGAGGGGGCCAGAUGGUAUCACGGGUGCACCUGGUAUUCCUGGCUUGAAGGGAGACACAGGAGAAAGAGGCAUGCAAGGUUUACCCGGUGCUGAUGGGCAUCCCGGAUUAGAUGGAAUGACUGGCAUUUCAGGAGAUCCGGGAUAUCCGGGAACUCCGGGGCCUAAAGGAGACACAGGACCUAGUGGUGAACGGGGAGACUUUGGUCCUCCAGGGCCUAGAGGGCCUCCUGGUCCAGAAGGACCUAGUGGUCUGCAAGGACCACCUGGAGAAAAAGGUUCACCUGGACCCAAGGGAGACAUUGGCCUUGGCAUUCCAGGGAGCCCAGGACAAUCGGGACAAAAGGGAGAUAAUGGCUUGCCAGGUGUCCCUGGACCUAUAGGACUGAAUGGAGAGAAGGGCAGUAAAGGAGAUUCAGGAAUCCCGGGUAUUCCAGGGCAGAAGGGAGAGCCAGGUCCAAAUGGUGAAAAAAUCAACAUAGGUCCCCCAGCUGUUGUUCGUUUAGUGGGAACCGCCAGCCGUGGAAGAUUGGAGGUGUUUCAUAAGAAUGUUUGGGGAACAGUGUGUGAUGACGCAUUUGACAGUGUGGAUGCUUUGGUGGUGUGCAAGAUGCUGGGCUUCCAGAGGUCCAACCAAGUGUACACGGCCACUCCAGGAAUCGGAGAGAUCUGGAUGGAUGAUUUGAGAUGUACCGGGCAGGAGAAGAGCAUAUUUGACUGUCCACAUUCAGGAAUGGGAAUUCAUAACUGUGACCACGGAGAGGAUGUGGGAGUUAACUGUAUUUGAGUCAUAAACACUUCUCACACAAAGAAACAUAUCUAAAAGGUGGACCUGAAAGUAUCUGUACAUUAAGCCACAUUUGAAAAUGUCUGACUAUAAAUGGAAUAGAACAACAAUAUGAAACAAAAUGGCAUCAGGAAACAAAUGAUCCUAGAGCUUCUCUCAGAACUUACUUAAAUUUUCUUCACCAUUUUGUCUAGUGAUUUUCAACUAGAACUGUCAAUGUAACACGUUAAUUUAGUGUGAUUAAUUAUAGGUUAAGAAAUAAUGUGUUAAGAAAAUAACAUAUACGUUAAUUCUGUAAUUAAAAUAAGCAUUUUUCUAUCAUCUCAGUAAAUAACAAAUUUUUUGCGAUCUGCAUCAGCAGGGGGCAGUCGGUAUGCCUCAACAAAUCUCGCAAGUUGCACAGAUUCAGAAAGAGAGCCACACAGGACAUAUAUGACAGCUGGGCGAGAAUGCAUCUCAAAAACAAUUUUAAAGGUUUCAACUACUUAUAACUUGAUAUAGCAUCCUAGAAACACGUGAGAAAACCAGUGAGAUGCUCCAAAAGUGUUCAUUUGAUGCAUAUGUAAAUAUAAAACAGACAGUAUGCAGAACAACUAAAACAGACAGUAUGCAAGAACACGUCCUGUGAGAACAGGACAAAUUGACCCACUCAGUUACUAAAUUGAUUUGCUGUCGACUAUAGGCUUAUGUUUUGUGAUAUGGGAAUAAAACAAACAAUACAUUGCCUUCUGAAGCCACUUCUGUAUUGAUGCUUUACCUGUCAGCCACAAUAAUGCAAUAUAUUCCAUUCUAUAUUAUCCAUUCAUGAAUUUUAUUUAUAUAUACUGUAUAUAUAGACAGAUAUUAUGAAUAGGUUAAGUACUCUUAUAUGUUAUGAGAAUUCAUAAAAUGUUAUGGUGGGCAGUGGUGGCUGAGUGGUUGAGGCUCAGGGUUACUGACCAGAAGGUCGGGGGGUUCAAGCCUCAGCACCACCAAGAUGCCACUGUUGGGCCCUUGAGCAAGGCACUUGACUCCAGGUUGCUCCGGGGGGAUUGUCCCUGUAAUAACUGCACUGUAAGUCGCUUUGGAUAAAAGCGUCUGCCAAAUGCAUAAAUGUAAAUGUAGAUAUUAAUUUGAAUUAUCUUGGUGCCUUUUUCAGCAAAUAUUGAUGUAAUAUGAUUAAUUGAGAUUAAUUAAAUUAACUAAACAGGUCAUGUAAUUAAUUCAAUUAAUUACGAACUUUCAACAUUCACAAAGUUCGCACAGGUGUCCGAGUAGAAAACCCAAAGGUGCAGUGUAUCCCAUGAACUAUAUACAUGUUGCACUAAUGUUAUAUUUCAAACCUAACAAACAUUUUCUUAAUGUUCCGCUUGAGAAAUGUGCUUGUGCUAUAUUUCUUUGAAAUAAUAGUCUCUUCCUUUGAUAUUUUGUCAUCUAAUGAUACAAAACUGAGUGUGGCUUAAGUGUCCAAAUACUUUUUGGGGUCUCUUUAGGUGUACACAUCAAAAACAAAAGAAAAUCACUCAUUUAUAUACUAUUUUAGCUGAAAUCUACUCAUACGCAUAUACAGUCAAAUGUACAAUGACUUUACAAUAAAAAGUAACUUUUCAC